AUGGGGACUGCUCCGUUUGGGACACUGCUCCUUUUCUUUACUAACUGGUUGCUUGGUGUUCAUGCCGCAUCGGGAGAGUACUGCCACGGCUGGUCUGACAGUAACGGUAGCUGGCACUCGGGGUUCCAGUGCCCCGAGAGAUACGAUGGCCAGGGAGCCACCUUGUGCUGCGGAUCGUGUGGUCUCAGGUAUUGCUGCUCUCUGCGGGAUAAUCGACUAGACCAGGGCGCCUGCAGCAACGAUAACAAUGUGCACCAGGAGCCAGACUCCUACAGCAAGUCAACCUCAGUUCCUAUGUAUUUGCCAUUCCUCAUCGUUGGCUCCAUAUUUGUAGCCUUCAUCAUAGUUGGUUCAUUCAUUGCGGUAUGCUGCUGCAGAUGCUUGAAACCCAAGCCACAGGAGAACCAGCAGGAUGCCCCCACCCAGAGCCGUUUGCUGGAGUCCCUUCCUCCAACUGGUAUCAGAACUCCCUCCCGGCAUUCUACCUCCAGCACCACAACUACUUCCACAAGGAGCUCCAUGGGACGACAGAACAACAUCUGUUCCAUGGGGACAGAUGGUAUCAACCUCUACAUGAAUGUGCCUACAAAUUUCCCGGUCAUGAGUUGCCACCAAGCUCAACAGUUCCUACCUUCACAAUCCACAGGAAAUCCUUUUCUACCAGCACAAUAUCUUAGCUAUGGUAUUCCACCUGAUCAUACAUUAGUCAUGGCUCCUGCAUAUGUGGAUAGACCAGGAUAUGGACAACAAUCUAAUAAUCCUUAUUCACAUGGAACAUUAAAUGGUGACCAGCUGAUGUAUCCUGCAGUGACUCUGUAGGAUCCAGCUACACAUUGGACCAGAUCUAGUCUUUAUGGAAUCUCUGACAAUAAUGUAAUAGUCAAAUCUAAUAACUUAAAAAUGACUAUGUAAUAUUUCUAUCUUUGACUCCCAGUAGCUACAUUAUGUCAACAUUUAGAGCUAAGAACAUAAGAAAUAAGAACUGAGGUAGGCAAUUUGGCCCUCAAGUCUGUUCUGCCAUUUAAUAGGAUCAUAGCUGAUCUUCUAACUUAACUCUGCUUUCCUACGCUAGCCCUAUCCUCUUAAUUCCCUUAGUACCCAUAACUCUAUUGACCCCUGUGUUGAAUACUCAACAACUAAGCUCCCAUGGCUCUGGGGUAGAUAACUUACAACCAUUUGGAUGAAGAAACCUAUCCUCAUCUCAGCUCUAAAUCCCUUUAAUCUGAAACUGUGACUAUCAAGAUUCCCCAGCCAGGGGAAACGUUUUUCUAAGCAUCCACCCUGUCAAGCUCUUUAAGAAUUGUUUCUGUUUUAGUUUGGUCUUUCAUUCUUCUAGACACCUGGAAAUACAGUCUCAUUUGCUCAAUAUCUCCUUGUAGGACAAUCUCCUUAUCUGAGGAAGCAGUAUAUUGAAUCUUCCUUGCACUUUAGGGCAGGUAUCAUUUUCUUGGGUAAGGAGACCAAAACUACACACAGUACUGAGGAGUGGCCUCAUUUAACUGUAGUAAGAUUUCUUUACUCUUAUGCUCUAAUUCCUUUGUAACAAAAGCUAACAUACCAUUUGCCUUACUAAUUGCUCGCUGUACUUGCAUAUUAACUUUCUGGAAUUCAUGUACAAGGACACCCUAGUCCCUCUAAGUGUACACAUUUUCUAGUUUCUCACUAUUCAAAAAAUAUUCUGCUUUUUUAUUUUUCCUACCAAAGUGGAUAUCUUCACAUUUCUCCACAUUGUAUUCUAUCUGCCACAUUCUUACCCACUUGACCAAUCAGUCUAUACCCCUCUGCAGCCUCUUUGCAUGCUCCUCACUGCUUACUUUCUGACUUUGUAUUGUCAGCAAACUUGGAUAUGUUGCACCCAGUCUCCUCAUCUAAGUUGUUAAUAUAGAUUGUAAAUAGCUGAGGCCUGACCACUUACGGUACAUCACUAGAUAUAUUCUACCAACCUGAAAAUGUCCUGUUUAUUCCUAUUCUCAGCUUUCUAAGUCCUUUAUGCCUCUUUCAUUAGAAUAACUGAAUCACCUUGAUCUCCUCCAUGCCCUUCAGUUGAAAUUCAUCUAUUGGCUAAUUUUACUAAAGAAGUUAUUGUGAGUAUAAAUGAGGGGGAUCCCACUUUAUGCUUUGUGGGUUUUACUAAAAUUAGCAAGUACAGAAAUUUCACCCUUGUCAAUGGUUCUUUCAGUUCUUCAAAGACACAGGUAGAAAUUCUGCUUGGGGAGAACUAUGUAACAUGCCAUAUCGGAUGGACAGCCUGUGAUAUUUUUUUCUUUAUUCUUUCAUGGGAUGU